AAAAAAUUAUUCCAAAUUGUUUUGCAUAAAAUAGAAAACUAAGAUAAAUAUAUUCAAAAUAAAAAAAAAUGGUCGGAAAACCCAGAUCUGGGUUCCAUGCGCAGGAACCCAGAAUUGGGUUCCACGCAGGAACACAGAACCGGGUUCCUGCGCAGAACCCAGAACCGGGUUCCUGCGCAGAACCCAGAUCUGGGUUCUGCGCAAGAACCCAGAACCAUUCUGGCUCGCUUGCUGCUGCUGCUGCUGCAGAAGCCGUGACUUCAGUUUUCGUCUUCAAGGCUCCCAGCGAUGAAGAACCUGAACUCUUACAAUCUGAAGAAGACGAAGACGAUGAAGAAGCAGGAGAAGAACAAGGCAGUGAGGAAGCUGAAGACAAACCAUCAAACUCCAAAGGCCAAAAACAAUUCCCGUGGGACUUCGCUUCAUAUUCUGAAUCCGUAGCCGAAGAUCACGCUCACCAUGGCACCACCUCCGUCGAUUUCAAAAUCUCCGAAGUCCUCCAUCAAAGCUCCACUCGGGUAGACGACGAGCCUUCCGAUUCUGAACCUGACAAACAAGAGGAUUAUAGAUCAGAAGAUGAAGAUGAUGACAAAAGUAAUGCCGGCAACAGCAAGUCCUUCUUUGGUCCAUCUGAGGGAGCGUCGUUUCAUGCGAAUUCGUUUAUGGAGCUAAAUCUUUCUCGUCCUUUGUUUCGUGCUUUAGAGGCUAUGGGAUUAUACUAAGCGUACUCCAAUCCAAGAAUCCUUUUAACUUAUCAUUUCUUUUUUUUCUUUUUUCUUUUUUUUUUAUACUCACUCUUUAAUGUUGUUUUUAUACUCACUCUUUAAUGUUGUGCGUGUAGGCCGCAUGUUGUUCAUCAAACACUCUCCUCCAUCUCCACAUUAUGUCAUCGUUGUAUUUUAGUUACAAGAUCAAAUUAAAUAAUAAUUAUUGAACUUAUCA